AUGGGUUCCGUAGUCCUCCCCCACCUGCGCACAGGAUGGCACGUCGACCAAGCCAUCCUCAGCGAGGAGGACCGCCUAGUUCUGAUCCGCUUCGGCCGGGACUCGGACCCCGACUGCAUGUCGCAAGACGAGGUACUCUACAAGAUCGCCGACCGUGUAAAGAACUUCUGCGCCAUCUACCUCUGCGACCUCGACGAAGUCCCCGAUUUCAAGGCCAUGUACGAGCUGUACGAUCCUUGCACUGUCAUGUUCUUCUUCCGUAACAAGCACAUGAUGUGUGAUUUUGGAACGGGAAACAAUAACAAGCUGAACUGGGUGUUGGAGGAUAAGCAGGAGUUUAUUGAUAUUAUUGAGACGGUAUAUCGGGGGGCGAAGAAGGGUAGAGGUCUGGUUGUGUCGCCGAAGGACUAUAGUACUAGGUAUAGGUACUAG